UCGACGUCAGAACCACGCAGGCUGCCGAUUUGAACAAACGUGGCGUCUGCCGCAGGAGGCCUUGAGAUCUCGGGUUGCCCCGCUGUGGCAGACUGCGCAGCGCUGCCUCGGGACAGUGCGGAGGACGCUCAUGCGAAAAGACAGGCGGCAACCGGGCCUUAAUCUCGGCUGAUGCGUUUCGAAUCUGUUCGUGCGUAGCUGGGGCCUCCACGCGUAAAGAAAAUUGAUCACCGCGCGCUGGCGUGACAGGAGUUGCUGAGGCAGAGAAGCGGCAUAUGUUAAACUUAUGGCGCUGCGACUGGCUGGCAACGGCUCGCCCUGACAAAGCCGACGACUCGAACGCGUCCAGCUAGUGCCACAACUAUUCCUAGUGGCGCCAGCCCACUGGCGCCACAUGAUGGUGGUGCGUCGAUGCCCCCUCCCUUGCCAGCUGAGGUUGGAUGAGAGAGCGGCCUGCCCCUUGCGGGGGCCUCGCUACGGGCUUGACCCCCCGCCGUAUCGAAGCAGCCCUCGGCGCAAACUGAGCUGGUGACGGGUGAGAAAUCUUCCUGGGAUCACCCGGGUUUGGGGAUAUCCUCGUCGACUGGCUUGGUAGUAGUAGUAGUAGUAGUAGUAUAAUAGUAGUAGUGGGUUUUACCACUACUACUGCUGCUGCUACUACUGGUCGUAGUAAAAGAAAUGCUCGCUGAUGUGAUGCUUCAUGUGGCCGCCAAUGUCGCCUUUGCGCAAGGUGCCCGGGAAAAGAGUUCGCGAGCCGAUCUCCCUCAUCCCUCACGCGCAGCUUGUCCUCGGCGUUGCGCUUGCACAACCUGUCGGGCGCGUGCUUGUAGCCCUCCAACUCCUUCGACACUGUUUGGAUCAAAGGGUGCUUCGUGUUCAUGGUGUACGUAUCGGCGCCGAUACAGCUGUUGAGUGGAGUAUUGUGUGACGUCCGAAUGACCAGCUUCAACGUUGUCGUCAAGAACACUAACACGCUAUUAUCCUUGCUGGACCGCUAGUUCUCGCCGUGGACGCCACGACAAGCCCUGCGGGCGCCCCACCUCUGUUCCCUGCGAGGCUCGGCAGCUGCCAUUGCCCCUGCCCCGGGAGCUUGGAUCCGGCCCUCGAGCGGCGUCGCGGCUGGAUCCCCGUCCGAGCGUGGUGGCGGUCCCGCGAGGCGUGGCGUUGCUGCUGUUGGUCCCGAUGCCGCCCUUGACCUGGAUCCGCUGCCAGAUGCCGCGGAAGCCUUGGAGGAGUCCUGGGGGAGGCGCUGGGCUGCCCACGCUGAAGCCUUCGCCAUCUGUGCCGCCGCCGCCUUCUCCACUGCCAAGUUCCUCCCAUCACGAGGUGGUGGGAACAAUGUAUGAGUUGAGGUUGCGAAUGUGGUCGAUGUCGAUGCCGGAGUCGCUGAUGCUGCUGGUGAUGAUGAUGCCUCUGCUGCUGUCCGCGGCCCGCGUGAUAGACUUUUCGUACGUGUUGUGCCCGCCACUGAUCGAUUCGGCGCUCUGGCUCCAAACAUGAUAUCCCCAGAUCGUCGUAGUGAUGGACGUACCUCUGGUGUGUCCUCUAGGUGUCGCGGCCGUAGAGGGGAACACUUACAACCCUCGGUGGCGGUGGCGGAAAAGGGCCACCGUUCGCUGGCCGCUUCUCAGCCAGACCAGUUGGUUUGAGCAGCGAUCUCGAUGCCGACCGAAGGAGGUGUGUGAGCACAUGCGCCCGUAUUUUAUCGGGAUCGUGGCGUUGAUCAUGGCAUUAUGUGCGAAGAU